AUGCCUGACGGCGCCUAUUUUUCGGGUCAUUCUUCUCACACCGAUCUGGACUCGUUCGCCACGACCUCCGACCCGCUUGGCAUGGCCUUCAACCAAACAUCAAGAUCACGACCUCCUCCCGGCAUCUUCGUCCCAGCUUCUUCCUCAUCCUCCAGAUCUGUCGGACCUCCUUGCCUUUCGCGCGAUCAAUCCGAUCCAGCGGCAUCUUUCGUCUUCCACUCUUCGCCUCCACUGGCACACGCAAAUCAGACUACCUUUGCUGCACCCAGAGCCAUGCAACCCUAUCCUCGCCUUACAUCCCCGCAACCUUCUGGUGAAGGUGCGACAGGUGGCAGCUCAGGUGCUCGCUCACCAUCGCCCACCAAACGUUCCUUCAACUUUCCCAUGGGCGACCCAAGUGAGAGAUGGAACUCAAUCGGUCAAGUCUCUGGCGGUGCAAGUCGAGCGCCAGCGGGCACAUCACAACGCAAGCAGUCAAUACAUUCCGGUCUCUCUUCCAGCAGCGCCGCAGCAGAACCGUUCCUUGGCUACAACGAGCUCUUCAGUCCCAACGGUUCCAAUCUUGCAAUGUCGGAAGCGUCCAAAAGUGCAAACGCUGCUGCACUGUCUACCUCGGAUCCCAUGAACGUUGCAUUCCGAUCAGCCUCCAGCAACGAUUCAAGAGGUCUCGCACUCUCAUCGAGCCAAGAUCAGGAACACAUGUCGCAUCGCUUCGGUCUCUCACCUGGUCAGUACGGAUCGGCCGGCAAUCGUGAUGAGCUCGCACAGAUGGGCGCCAAUCCUCGCAGUGUCGGUCACGAUGACUUCAACUCUCGCCCGCGAUACGGUGCCGGUCCGGGGCCGGGCAUGCUUAGUAUACCAAAUCCUGGCAAUCUCAGCCCACGCAGCAUGAUGCAACUCCAGCAUCAACACGUGCAGAUGCAAUCUCAACUUCACCAUCAACAACAACAGUCCUCACACCAAUCUCCAUUGGGACCGCAGCACCAGCAACAGCAACAGCAACAGCAAGAGCAGUACGGUCUUCAGAACAGCUUCGGCAACCCGGCGGGGAUGCCAACACAAGGUGGGCCACCAGAGGAGAUCACUACCGUCUUCAUCGUUGGCUUCCCAGACGAUAUGACCGAACGCGAGUUUGCCAACAUGUUCCUCUUCGCCAAAGGUUUCGAAGCAUCUACACUCAAGAUCCCUGCCGGGCUUGGCACUGUGGGUCCCAGCGGUCGUGCAGCAGACGGAAGCGGGCCACUGUCAGCAGGGCCUGGUGGUCCGUAUCAGGCGGUCAAUAUGCCAGGCUCAGGCGUCUUCGAUCUCGGCGGCAAUGCAGGGCCAGGUUGGGAUGAUCAGAAUCUGCCUUUGGCGCUCAGAGGUGCUGGAGCUGGCGACGCCUUUUCGUCGUUAGCGAACAUGGGCGGCAUGCUCAACGCUUUCGGUGCACCAGGUCUAGGCGGUGCAGCCGCCACCAACAACACCAAUGCAGCAGCGGCGGGCAAGAUCAAGCAGAUCAUCGGUUUUGCCAAGUUCCGCACACGCACUGAAGCCCUCGAAGCACGCGAUGCGCUCAAUGGGCGCAAAGUUGACGCCGAGAAAGGCUGUGUUCUCAAGACCGAGAUGGCCAAGAAGAACUUGCACACAAAGCAACGUCCUGUCUUGUCAGCACCAGGAUAUCCGGAAGGUGCGGGUGGACCCAUGUGUCCGCUGCCAGCAGGAGGUGCUGGCCCAAGCAGCGCAGGCACAAGCCAUCCGCCGCCACCUCCUUUCGCACUUGGUGGACCGUUCGAUCCUCGCGCAGGUCCGCAGAUGAACGGUCCCGGUGGACAGGCUGGACGUUUUAGCCCUUUUGGUAAGGGUCCUGCAGGCGGUUUUGAACCCUUUAACGGGCCUGGCUCUGGGCAGGCCGACCUCUUGUCUCCCCACGAGAUGUUUGCAGGACCCGACUUCUUCACUCAGGGUGGUGCUGCAGCAGCGCUUCGAUCUUCGAUCGGCCCAUCCGGUGGAUCAGCGGCUCCAUCACAACAACAACAACAACAACAACAACAGCCACAGCAGUCACAGCAGUCACAGUCACAGCAACCGCAACAAGGCUCAACUGGCGUCGACAAAUGGGGUGGCUCAUUGGGACCGAUCGACUACUAUGGUCCCGAAGGCAGCACUGGACCGAUAGCAGCACCUCCCCGAGGUGCUUCGAUUGGCCCUGGUCAGACGAUCAACACGCAGAGCAGCCAAAGAUCCGACUGGCCUGCCCUUGGCUCUCCGCCUCCCAGCCUUUACGGCCCUGCUUCAGGCUCAGGUAUGGCAGGAUCCGCACAACGGCCUGGAUUUCAGAGACAGGGGUCGCGAGGAACCUCGAUCGGAGCUGUUGGCAGUGAACAGGUCGCGGCUGGUCCCGGAAGCAUGAGCCUAAGUAAGCCAGACGACGGCGCCAAGGCUGAUACUACCGAUCGCCCUAGCUCGACACCGUCCUCGGCAGGCCCUGACGCAGCCGACUACCAGCAGCAACAGGCUUCCGUCACCACACGCUUAGGCUCACUCAAGCUUGGCUCUCCUCCCGCUGAUGACGAUGGCAUCAAACCGCCACCGCAAGUUCCCAGCCCGGACCUGCCCAGUCCGACGGGACGCAACGUGCAUGGAGACAAUCAUCCACCUGUCAACACUCUGUUUGUCGGUAACUUGCCCAGUAACGCUUCGAGCGCCGUUCUUUCGCAAAUCGAGGAUCAGCUUCGAGCCGUCUUCAGCAGCUGUCAAGGUUUCCGCCAGUUCUCUUUCCGUCUCAAGUCAAAUGGACCAAUGUGCUUUGUUGAGUUCGAAGACGUUUACACCGCAUCCAAGGCUAUGUCGGAGCUUAACGGCCACUCUCUGGGUGGAGCCAUCAAGAAUGGUGGCAUUCGUCUCAGCUUCAGCAAGAAUCCGCUGUUUCGGAUGAACUCGAACUCGGCUAUGAACAUGGCUCUCAACGGUGGUGCUCCCGGUAGCGGUGGAGCAGGUGGUAGCGGUUCCAGUGCUAGCACUGCUCCUACGCCAGACAGCGCUGGCGGACCCAACGCCCCGAUGAGCUUGGGAUCAGCUAGCGAGAGCAUCUCUGUGACAGCGCGUCGAUAG